AGCGUGGCAGCUGGCAGUAGUUCCGUCAGAGCGGACAUCUUGUGGCUGUGUCGUGCGCGUGAGCCCCGUAGGGCUGGGGAGGCACCAGCUGCCGCGCGGGGAGGAGGCCGAGGCCCCUCUGUACGCGUGGGUGUGAACGGCUAGGGGAAGGGAAGGGAGGCUGGCCCACUGGCCGGCGGGGCGCCUGUGUCUGGCGGAGCCGGUGUGUGAAGAAGAGACAAUCCUUCCCCGGCGCCUGGAUAAUCAAGAGUUCUGGUCGGACCUUUGAACACACACCGAGAAAGCGAGGAGCCAGACGAAAAGCACAGACUAUGGCGCUGAAACGGAUUAAUAAGGAACUUAGCGAUUUGGCCCGUGACCCUCCAGCACAAUGUUCUGCAGGUCCAGUUGGGGAUGAUAUGUUUCAUUGGCAAGCCACAAUUAUGGGACCUAAUGACAGCCCAUAUCAAGGCGGUGUAUUCUUUUUGACAAUUCAUUUUCCUACAGACUACCCCUUCAAACCACCUAAGGUUGCAUUUACAACAAGAAUCUAUCAUCCAAAUAUUAACAGUAAUGGCAGCAUUUGUCUCGAUAUUCUAAGAUCACAGUGGUCUCCUGCUUUAACUAUUUCUAAAGUUCUUUUAUCCAUUUGUUCAUUGCUAUGUGAUCCAAACCCCGAUGACCCCCUAGUGCCAGAGAUUGCACGGAUUUAUAAAACAGACAGAGAUAAGUACAAUAGGUUAGCAAGAGAGUGGACAGAGAAAUACGCUAUGUUGUAGGAUACAACAGAAUAUCUCGGGAAUGGACUCAGAAGUAUGCCAUGUGAUGCUACCUUAAAGUCAGAAUAACCUGCAUUAUAGCUGGAAUAAACUUUAAAUUACUGUUCCUUUUUGAUUUUCUUAUCCGGCUGCUCCCCUAUCAGACCUCAUCUUUUUUAAUUUUAUUUUUUGUUUACCUCCCUCCAUUCAUUCACAUGCUCAUCUGAGAAGACUUAAGUUCUUCCAGCUUUGGACAAUAACUGCUUUUAGAAACUGUAAAGUAGUUACAAGAGAACAGUUGCCCAAGAUUCAGAAUUUUUUAAAAAAUGGAGCAUGUGUAUUAUGUGGCCAAUGUCUUCACUCUAACUUGGUUAUGAGACUAAAACCAUUCCUCACUGCUCUAACAUGCUGAAGAAAUCAUCUGAGGGGGGGAGGGAGAUGGAUGCUCACUUAUCACAUCAAAGGAAGCAGCAUUAUUCUAGCAGCAUCCAUUCUUGUUUAAUCCUUCCACUGUUAGAGAUUUGAGGUUACCUGAUAUACUUUAUGCUCAUAACUGAUGUGGCUGGAGAAUUGGUAUUGAAUUUAUAGCAUCAGCAGAACAGAAAAUGUGAUGUAUUUUAUGCAUGUCAAUAAAGGAAUGACCUGUUCUUGUUCUACAGAGAAUGGAAAUUGGAAGUCAAACACCCUUUGUAUUCCAAAAUAGGGUCUCAAACAUUUUGUAAUUUUCAUUUAAAUUCUUAGGAGGCUUGGAGCUAUUAGUUAAUCUAUCUUCCAAUACACUGUUUAAUAUAGCACUGAAUAAAUGAUGCAAGUUGUCAAUGGAUGAGUGAUCAACUAAUAGCUCUGCUAGUAAUUGAUUUAUUUUUCUUCAAUAAAGUUGCAUAAACCAAUGAGUUAGCUGCCUGGAUUAAUCAGUAUGGGAAACAAUCUUUUGUAAAUGCAAAGCUGUUUUUGUAUAUACUGUUGGGAUUUGCUUCAUUGUUUGACAUCAAAUAAUGAUGUGAAAAGUUCAGAGUGAAUAUUUUGCCAUGUUCAGUUGAAGUGCACAGUCUGUUACAGGUUGACACAUUGCUUGACCUGACUUAUGCAGAAUUAAUAAGCUAUUUGUAUAGUGUAGCUUUAAUAUGCUGCACAUGAUACUUGCAGCCCUGGAGUUUAUAGAUGGACUUGGGACCCAGCAGUUUUGAAAUGUGUAUACGGAGUUUAAUGGAGUUUAAAAAAUUUAUUUUCCAGGUGCAGCCCCCCUCUCCGUCUAACUAAAAUUUCUCUUCACCUUGUACACUUGACAGCUGAAAAAAACAUAACAUGGGAGUAAUAAUGGGUCAAAAUUUACACAAUAAAGUACUGUUUUGGUGUGGGAGUUGUCAUGAGGCUGUGUUGAAGUGACUUAACUGUGGGAUAUUGAGUAUCCAUUGAAAUGGAUUUGUUCAGCCAUUUACAUUAAUGAGCAUUUAAAUGCAACAGAUAUCAUUUCAGGUGACUUAACAUGAAUGAAUAAAAGUCAAUGCUAUUGGAUUA